AGUUCUCUGCGCGGUAGCGGUGAUUUUUUUUUUUUUUUUACGCGACACAAAAUAACAGCCCGCAGUGUACAGCCCUUUGUUAUUAUUCUUAUUUUUUAAGGUUACCGAGUUUAUUUAGUAAUGCCCAGUAAAAAGAAGAAAUACAACGCCAGGUUUCCUCCGAAACUCAAGUUGUUGUUCUUCCAGGCCAGGAUCAAGAAGAUUAUGCAGACUGACGAAGAAAUAGGCAAAGUGGCUGCUGCAGUACCGGUCAUUAUUUCGAGGGCCCUGGAGCUUUUCCUGGAGUCGCUGCUAACGAAGGCCUGUCAGGUCACCCAGUCCAGAAAUGCAAAGACAAUGACGACGUCACACCUAAAGCAGUGCAUUGAGCUCGAGCAACAGUUUGAUUUCCUAAAGGACCUGGUGGCAACGGUGCCAGACAUGCAGGGCGAAGGGGACGAGAACCACACCGAAGGGGGAGGAGAAAAAGUUUCCCGCAGAGGUCGAAAGCCAGGUUCGGGUCGCAAGAAUGGCGGAGCGGGCUCCAAAGGCAAAGACAAGAAGCUGUCGGGCACCGAGUCGGAGCAAGAGGACGACUCUGAAGACACGGAGACGGACGUAGACGAGGAGGACACCUCUCAGUCGAGCACAAACCUGCAGGCUGCAUCCAAAUUCCACAGCCCAAACGCGUCUCUGCAGUACGUGCCCAUGGGCAACAUGGUCUCAACGGGCAGCACGGCCUCCGCACAGCCCCGCACUGGCCUGACCUUCACCCCCCACCCCUCCAGGAUAAGCGUCGCACCGCCACCACCCGCAGCCUCGGUGGCGCUGAAACGCGAGGACGACGAUGAGGACUAUGACUCUUAGCUCCCCGCCGUAACGCACAAACGCACCCUGACACGAUGAUCAGCUUUAUUUUCAGUUCUUCAUUGGUUCUUCGGGUGGAGGCUCUGAGGAGAGGAGGGGAAAAGACUCGACACUGACACCAAACCCCUCGACAGCGAGCUUUAAGAGGCUGCCGCUUCAGACCGCCAGGUGUUUUAAUUUUCUCUUUUUUUUUUUUCUUCUUUUUUUUAGAUUGUUUUAGAGGAGAAUUGAAGCAGGAUGUUUUUUAACCAAGAUGUUCUAGUUUGACUCUUAAAUAUGAAAUAUGGCAGUCUUUUUUUUUUUUUUUUUCUUUUGGCCGUAAGCCCCACAGACGGGACAGGUGUGGUGUGUGUUACUUUUUUUUGCACUUUUCCCUCUCCAUUUCAAUCGACACCAAACAUAAAAUGAACAUAUCAGUCCUCGUUGUGCAAUCCCUCAGGUUAUUUUAAACAAAAUAAU